AUGGCUUUCAAUUUCCCUCAUCUUUUUGAACUUGACAAACGAAAGAGCUGCUUUGUUGCGGAAAGAGUUGGCUCUGAUAGGCUGAAGUGGGAUUGGAAAAGGAAACCCAACACUGUGAUUAAGCGUGAGGAGUUGGAUUUAUUAGUUAGGCUUGUGGAACGGGUGCAAUUUUCUUCAGAGCCUGAUAAAUGGAAGUCGAGAUUUUUGGGGGAUGGAGGUUUCUAUGUUCAUGACUUGCGUAGUGUGAUUGAGGAUUUGAAUGCCCCUGUUGUUUACAACCCAACGGUUUGGCCUAAGAUUGUCCCGCUAAAAGUUUCAAUUUUCGUUUGGUGUGCAUGUAUGGAUCGUAUCCCUACUGUGAUGGCUUUGGCGCGUAGAGGCGUAAAUGGUAUGUCGACUUCUUGUUUACUUUGUAACGUGGGAAGUGAUGAGACGAACCAUAUUCUUUUGCAUUGCCCUGUUGCUUGGGAUGCGCUGAUGUGGCUGCUUAAUUGGUGUAACAUCUAA